GAGCUACGAGGCGCAGAUACGGAAUUACCAAGGGACUGACCCGCUGGACCCAUGGGACAGGUACGCGCAGUGGGUGGAAGGAUGCCUUCCCCUUCACGAGAAACAGCAGCGCUUGCCCGGCGUGCUGGAGCAGCUUGUGAAGGUGUUCGUAACGGAGGAGAGGUACCGCCAGGACCCGAGAUUCGUUAACUACUGCAUUAAGCUGGCAGAAUUCAUCACUUCCCCUUGCCAGUAUUUUGACUACCUGUGCGGACAGGGAAUAGGUACAAAAGUGUCUAACUUCUACAUUGCUUGGGCUCAGCAGCUCGUGCACGAAGGCAACGUGCAGCGCGCAGAAGCUGUCCUUCAGAAAGGACUUCACAACCAGGCGCAGCCACAAGAGAACUUGCAACAGCUGUAUUGCUGGCUGCAGAAUUAUGAUCCUCAGAAUCCUCCUCUGCAAGGUACUGCUGUUAUAAAACCACUUCAAACUUCACAUGCUGCCAAUCAGAUGGCUCCUCAAAAAGGUGUUUUGAAUCGUAAUGACCCAGCGUAUCCUUGCAGAAAUCAGGGUCCUGAUUCUGCUGAGUCCUGUUCUUCUGCUGGAAGAGAAGUGUAAGUGUACAUUACGUACAUCUCCAAAUCUGAAGUUCUCCCAAAGUCAUCCAUGGCGGCUGAGUGUGAGCAGGUUGCGAUGUACGAUAAGAACCAGCUUGUGUGCGAAGGCUCCGAACUGUCUUUUGAGGAGCUGAGAGCCAAGAGAUACUUCAAGAAAUACGAGCGCCUCAGAAGACAGCAAGAUUGGGAAGAAGAAGAGAGAGACUCCUUGAGGAAAAAAGAGUCUGAGGUCCUCGAACUGCAGGCCCUGCAGCAGAAGCUGCAACAGCUCACAGAGCUCACAAAAAGCUUGGAGGAAACGAGACUGGAGCCUGCAUCUACAACGGCCACCCCAAAUGAGACGGUGGUGCACCCACGCGUGACACCCGCUGCGGCGCUACAGCAGAACCGGAUGGCGUCUUGUCAGAGCUCGGAGCUGCAGAACCCCCGAGGUCCGGUGCCAGACCGGCCUCAAUCAAGCCCUUUGUCACCCACCGCUCUUGCGCCGCCGUCGGCGAAGCACGUCGGCCAUCGGCUGACAUCAGCCCCGCCGUGUGAAGUGACGUGUAGGAAGGAUGAAGCCAGAACCCCGCUAGAGCUUGGAGAUCACCAGAAGAGUGUGUUACACCCUCCGUUCGGUAAUGUGUCGGCUCGGGAAGGGGCACGUGCCGACUCAGCUCUGAAUUGGAACGCUGAAGAACAGCACCCUAAGAAAAAAUCCACUGCACUACCUACUUCUGUAGAUGUGAAAGAAGGAUCUCGAGUUGGAAAUUCUUCCUUUGCUUCCGGAAACGCUUCUCAAGCUACCCCCAACACCUCGCUGGGAGGAGCAAUGCAGGCAACACCGUUCAAAGUGCAGCCUUCACCUACGGUUCAUACCAAGGAGGCAUUGGGAUUUCUAAUGGAUAUGUUUCAAACGCCCCUUGUAUCCGAACCAUCCCUCGAUGAAAGCCAGGAGCAAUUUGAAGCCUUUUGCAGAAAGAGUGAGCCUGAUGGAGGUCUGAAAACUGUUGUUGCCCCUGCCAUGCCUGCGUUUUCCAUCUUUGAAGAUGAGAAUGAAAAAGAGAACAAGGGGAUCCCACAGCACAAAAACAAGCCAGAAGAGCCCAGAACUAUUGGAGUGCGUCCCUUGACUGACUGUACAGCAAGUACAGAAGAAGAAGCCAGGUUACAGGAGUUCUUUAGUGAUGAUUACACGGUGUGGAAUGUACCAAGCAAUAAUAAAACGUUAGCUCCCAGUCCCAACAACACGAGAGACUUCGCACGAGCUGCCCAGCUUGUAUCAACACCGUUUAACUACCUGUCGGCACGUUCACGGCAAGCUUUGGAGGACAUAGCCUGUGGGGAUGACUUGCCGCAAAUGGAUCUGGAGUUUUCUGAAGAGCUGCACAAGCAGACAAAAGCUAAGAAGCCAAGCCCAGCUCUUGAACACGUUGCAGAACGCAGGGAGCUUCAAGGAAACGUCCUGAAACAAGGAAAUGGGAUUCAAGGAAUUGCUACAGCUGCUUCUCAAAGAUUACAUGAGCAGACUGCCACGGGCAGAGCUGAAUAUUCCUCCUCUCUUGGGGUGGACAAAACUUGCCAGGAAAAACUGUCUGGGGCUGGGCAGGACAGGACAACCCAGAGUGUUAGAGCUGCAGUCCUCGUUGAGAACCCUUGGGAUAAGGAAUUGAUUUGCAAGUUCUUGUCACAGCUUCCCAAACCACUCUGCACCCACGCCAACUACUUUGAAUGGAAAUCUGCUCUUCCAUCCAUCAAACUGAAGGCUGAACUCCCGCUGGGUUCCAGCUCGUUCCAUGUGGACUGCUUGGUUGGAGAGGGAGCUUUUGCCCAAGUCUAUCAAGCUUCCAUUCUGGAUGCAAGUAACCCCAGAAACAAUCAGAAAGUGAUAUUCAAGGUCCAGAAGCCAGCCAACCCUUGGGAGUUCUACAUAGCAACACAGCUGGUCGAAAGGCUCAAUCCCAGUAUCCGCCAUCUCUACAUCCACUUUUAUUCUGCUCAUUUCUUUCAAAAUGGAAGCAUCUUGGUCGGUGAGCUCUACAACUACGGAACGCUGCUGAAUGCCAUAAACAUUUACAAAAAGCUUCCCGAGAAGGUGAUGCCUCAGGCCCUUGUCAUCUACUUUGCUGUAAAAAUCCUUUAUAUGGUGGAGGAGCUGCACAGAUGCAAAAUCAUUCACGGUGACAUCAAGCCCGACAAUUUCAUACUCGGAGAAAGGUUUCUGGACAACGACACGUGCGACAUAGACGGUGUCUCCCACGGCUUGACGCUCAUUGACUUGGGGCAGAGUAUAGACAUGCAGCUCUUCCCCGAAGGAACGGCAUUUACUGCGCGGUGUGAAACGUCUGGGUUUCAGUGCAUCGAAAUGCUGACGCAGAAACCGUGGAACUACCAGACGGAUUACUUCGGCAUCGCAGCAACGGUCUACUGCAUGCUCUUUGGUACCUAUAUGCAAGUAAAGAAUGAAAACGGCAUCUGGAAGCCCGAGGGAGCCUUCAGGAGGCUUGCCAACGCUGAGCUGUGGAAGGAGUUCUUUGAGCGCAUGCUGAACAUCCCCGGCUGCCACAGCCUGCCGUCCCUGGGAGCUGCGCGCCAAAGGCUGACCGACUUAUUUCGCCAGUCGUACGCGAAGGAGAUCAAGUUCCUCCGGAACAGGCUGGUCGUGCUGCUCAUAGAACACAAGCGGUCACGGAAGUGA